CCAAUUACGAUGGCAAUUGGAUAGUGCUAAUACGACGUUUUAACUGUAGCUUUGAGAUAAAAGUUCGAAUGGCACAGGAGGCUGGAUACGACGCCGCUAUUAUUCACAAUGUAAACAGCAACGAUCUAGAACCGAUGUCCGCUAAGGAUUCCGUAGGAAUUUUGAUACCGUCGGUGUUUGUCAGCGGCAUCACGGGGGUUGUGAUCAAAGAAAAUUAUUUAUACGACCAGCUGUAUUUCGUAUUGAUUAACGACGAUCUGCCGUUCAAUAUCAAUACGCAUUUGCUCUUACCUUUCGCUAUUGUCGUUGGAAUAUGUUUCCUAAUUAUAGUUAUUUUUAUGAUUGUCAGAUGUAUAAAGGACAGGAGGCGACAGCGGAGGCACAGGCUGCCCAGUUCUAGUUUAAAAAAGAUUCCUAUACACAAGUACACGAAGGGCGAUCCGUACGAGACAUGUGCCAUUUGUUUGGACGAUUACGUAGAGGGAGAGAAAUUACGAGUUUUACCGUGUGCACACGCUUAUCAUUCAAAAUGUAUUGACCCAUGGUUGACGAAAAAUCGAAGGGUUUGUCCUGUCUGCAAAAGGAAGGUUUUUGCAGCUGACGAGCAAGUUGUGACCGACGAGAGUGACUCGGAUGAUGAUACAGCACCUCUUAUUCGCGACGGCCACCAAGGUACACAAGGGGGAACGUUCGCGCGGCAGAGGGAGAAUCCUUUUAACAGAGCUAGGAGAUCACAGGCUAGGAGAUCACAGGAUCAGAGAAUUCAAUUCGGAUCGGAGAACUCGAGCGACAACAGCUCCGAUUCCGAGCAGUCCUACGUUACCACCGAGGACGGCGUUAGUACUAACGCCGGCGAGUCGUCCAACGUCACAGUUUUCCUGGUAUCCGAUACUCACAGUAUAAACGGUAAGACUAAU